AUGGCCACGCCUUCGUCGCACGCCCUGACGCAGCACCUCCUGUCGCGCCUCGAGGCCGACCUCGCCUUUCUCAACUCGCAGCAACUCCUCUCCGCCUCGGACCUCGACCUCAUCCGCUCCAAGCUCGCGCCCAUCCACGCUCAGCAGAGCCUCGCCGCCCUGUCUGUCACUGGCCCGAGUGGCAGCUACGGCCAGCAGCAGCAGAGGGUGCCACCGCCGCCUCCAGUGCGCGCCGCGCAGCCACCGCCGAGGGACUUGUGCAGGGCCGUGUGGGACUAUGCGGGGGGCCAGGCCGACGACUUGAGCUUCCGGCAGGGAGACGUGAUCAGCGUCGACGAGGAGGUCAACGCAGACUGGUGGAAGGGCACCCUCAACGGCCGCACCGGCUUGUUCCCUCGCAACCACGUCGAGCGCAUCUCGUCCCCCUCCGCUUCGCCCGCACUCGCCCCUCCCGCACCCGCACCCGCCCCUCUCCAGGGCCACCACACCGGCUCGUCUGCCUCGUGGGCCCCGCCGGCGCCCUCGUCCGCGACCGUUGCGCCCGCCUCGUUCGCCUACCAGCAGCCGCAGCAGUACGGCGAGAAGAACUCGUACUACGGCGCCGGUGGGCCGCCGCCGCCGCCGGCUCCUGUCGCUCAGCCUCCCGUCGCGCCGCCCAAGAAGCAGCACAAGUUCGCCAAACAGAUGGGAACGGCCAUGGCGUCCGGUGCAGGGUUCGGCGUCGGCGCCAGUCUCGCGUCCGAGGCGGUCCACGCCAUCUUCUAG